AUGACCAGUGAGGUGAUCAAGCACCUGACCAAUGCCAUGACCAAAGUGCUGACCAAAGUGCUGACCAACGUGCUGACCAAAGUGGUGACCAAAGUGGUGACCAAGCACCUGACCAAUGCCAUGACCAAAGUGUUGACCAAGAUGCUGCCCAAAGUGUUGACCAACGUGCUGACCAGUGUGCUGACCAAUGCCAUGACCAAUGUGCUGACCAACGUGCUGACCAAAGUGGUGACCAAUGUGUUGACCAAUGUGCUGACCAAGCACCUGACCUAA